AUGCUGCAGAACUCGCUGCUGGACGAGAACGAGAACAACAACGCCUUGGCAGGCAUGUCUCACCUGUUGAUGGUCAUCACGGGACCCCGCGUCAUAACACCUAAUGCGGCCCUGGCGCCGCGGCACAGGGCGGCGGAGGGCGGAAAGCUUGAGACGGCGGUCAGCGGGGGGAGGGCACGCACAUUACUGGAGCCAGGGACUUCGGCGGCUUUCUGUACGAGACAGCACUGCAGUGCCCCCCGGCUCGGACCGCUCGAGAGCGUUUCCGCGGCGUGGCUCGUCCGUCCAUGCAUCAUGGCAAACUGA